GUCGAAAAUAUGGAAUCUGCUAUCGUCCAGGCUGAGCCAGAUUCAGGAUCUGGUAAUUCUUCUAAAAUCCCAAGCUUAUUUGACUCAGAGACUGUUAUUAACUUAACACCAGAACAAAUCUCUGCCGCUGAGGAAAACGUUCGGCAUAAUUUCACGUCAAGGCUAGAUAUAAAUACUAUUGAAAGGCCUGGGAUUUGCAAUAUUUUCCCUCGGGAAGAAUUUAAAUUUGAACCUUCACAAGAAUACAUAGAUCACGAAGAGCACCAAGCUUUUCUGUAUAAAGUAGCCCAUGAGGUCUAUGAGCUCAAGAGAGAGCUGAUUUCAGAGGUUGAUUUACCUCUUGAUUAUGAGGACAAAUACAUUAAAUUCCAAUAUUUAGAGGAAUCACAGUUACAUAAGCCAAGUUCGAUCAAUGAAGAAGACUUCAUUAAAAAGGGACAUCAUUUAAAAUAGAGACUUUGACCAAAUUAGUGAUGACGGAAAGGGCCUUACCUAUAAAAUGUGGAAGACUAAUGCAAGGCUAGUUCGGUCCAUCCUAGACCUCCAUGGCUUCCAACAAAUUGGAGGAUUUGACUGAUCGAUUCUGUGGACCAAUACUGUGGGUAAAAAGCACAUGUUUUACGGGUUUAAUGACUAUCAAUGGAUAAAUCACUUUCCUAGCUCCUUUGAAAUCACCAGGAAAAUGGACUUGUACAAAAAUUUUGAUUUAAUGAGACAGAAGCAUAAAAGUAAAGAGUAUAAUUAUUGCCCGAUGACCUUCCUUGUUCCUUCACAGAAAGAAGAGUUCGCAGCCUAUUUGGAGACUCUAAAGGAAAGUAAAGAUUACAAUCCUGAUAAAUUAUGGAUUGUCAAGCCAAACAAGUUAUCUCGUGGUAGAGGAAUUUACCUCUUAAAAGAAAUUGAAACCUUAGAUGAUGAAGAAGGAAUUGUUAGUGAAUAUGUAGAUAACCCUCUCACUGUUAAUGGGCAUAAAUUCGAUCUCAGAAUUUAUGUCGUUGUCACAAGUUUUUACCCUCUCAGGAUUUAUGUAUACAGAGAAGGACUGGCAAGAUUUGCUACUGAAAAAUAUUCUAAAAUGGCAGCAGAGAAAAAUCUAUUUGUGCAUCUGACAAAUUACUCUAUCAACAAGAAAAACAGAGCUUUCGGCCGGAAUAUGAGGCUUAAUGAUGAUACUCUUCCCUUCAAAUGGUCUCUGACAGCCUUCUUUGAAAGACUAAAGUCGUGAGGGGUAAAUGUAGACCUACUCUGGGAGCAGAUCUAUGAUCUCAUAAUCAAAAGUAUACUCUCUAGCGAGAGGUACAUCAGCUUUUUCACUAAAGAGCACUUCAAGAAUACCAACAAAUCCUUCGAGAUUUUCGGCUACGAUGUAAUGGUUGAUCAGAAUCUAAGGCCCUGGCUGAUGGAGAUCAAUCUCUCUCCAGCUCUUUCACUCGAAUCAAGUAUGGACAUAAAAUUGAAGACCAAACUUGUGACUGAAAUGUUCAACAUGUAUGGUUUCAGGAAGCUCUCCACUGCAACACUGAAGGAGGGAACUCCUUGGGAUGAGCAGAAGUUAACCAGCAGCAUCAUAAAGUCCCAUCCUCCAAAACACAAAUGUAAGAAUUACAAGUACAUUGACCCUCCUCUCACAGAUGACCAGAUUGAUGACCUGCUCGAACACAUCGAAGAGGGAGACUACUCUGACAAAACCAAGGCCAAGAUGAUGGAAUUAGUCUCCUCCAGACACUUUGAGAACAUCAUUGAAGCUGCAGCUGAAUACACUCGCAAGAAGGACUACAUCAGGAUUUUCCCAGCAAAAGGGUCCAAUGAUUACUUCAAGUUCUUUAAAUAUGACCUUGAGGUCAACCGCAAGCUGUAUGAGUACUUGUAUGAAUAAAAAUAGGAGUUCAACAUG